UACAAUUGCAGUAUCGGAGGAAAGGAAGUGGAUGCAGAACUGUGCAAACAUACUUGUCAGAUUGAAAAUGACUGAUUUUUAAGAUCCGCGACCUUGAUUUGCCUGAAUUAACCGUUUUAUGUGUUGCAUUAGCACCUGGAGGCUUGGAGAUGAGUGUCGGCGCCAGUCGGAGGAAGCUGCCCAGGCCAGGGCACCCCAGCGCCAGACCAGAGGAGCUGCCCGAAGGCCCUUCGUCUUUCGAGGACAGCGUCCACCUGAGCUUCUGGGACUCCCUGGACUCCGACACGGAGAGCUUAGCCCGGGAGAGGCAGUACCAGUCAGAGCUUGAGAAGAGGAUCCGUGAGAACGAGGAGGUGGUGAACCCCAACUUUGCGGGGGAGAGUGGGGUCCCAGGAGGACACGAUCACAGCGGGGGGAAGGAGGAGGAAGAGGAAGAGGAGUGCUCUGUGGUUGACAGCCUUGAUGAAGCUGCGUUUCGGCAGAAAGUGGGGAAAGCAGCUCCAGACAAAACCCAAGCACCUGAUUUCCCCUUGAAGAGCAAUCCCAAGCCCAGGAAGGCCCAUUUGGAGGAUGAGUAUGCCGAGCUUCGUUAUGAUCCUAACUGGAGGGAGACUGUGAAAGGAGCACAGACGUUCGGUGCCGUCGGGAACCAGCUUUCACAGGAGCCAGAGGAAGAUUUAUUCCUAGAUUCUUAUGAAAUCUCUGAGGACUGUCUUCAUAAACCCUGGCAGGAGGAAGACAGGGGUCAGAUCACAGCCAAGGAAUAUGCUAUAAAUGGCAAAAAAGCUCCUACAGUAAGUUUGUCUGGAAAGGUGGCAGAAAAGCUUCCUGACACCAGACUGAAGCACCCAGCAACACCACACCACCAGAAACAUCUGCACCACAAUAAGGCUCUUAAACAGGGGUCAUCACUAGAAGAAGCACAAGCACGAAAAGAUGGGCCACGGACGAGACCCGAGACAAACAGAGUGCUGUACAAACAAGAACAAGCAGAGCCACCGGGCGAAGGCGAAGAGUCCUUGGCUGGAGGAGAGGAGCGUUAUGAAGCCAUGAAUGAGCGCUACAGGCAAGAGUAUGAGCGCUUCUUGCGGCACGACUCUGCACGCAGCAGAGAUGUUACAGAUCGGCAGCAGUACAGCAACCGCAGGAAGACAAAACGCAGUUCUCACCACUCAAAUCCGAAGCAGUCAAGACCCCAAGAGGAUUUUGUGGAGCAGAACAAGGUUACCCUGGGUGUCAGGCCAGCACAUCAAAGAUCAUACCUGCAGGUGCACAGUCAGAAGAUUGAGCAAGGCAGCAAAAGACAGGAUCCUGGAGCUGCAGAAGAGCUCAGCAGCAUUAGCAGUCAGCAGAGCCAUGAAGACAUCUUUGACCCUGAGCAGAUGUGGCAACAAAGAACAAAGAAGCUGGCGGGAUACAAAAACAAAAGAAUGUCAGAGAAGCAAGGAAAGCAUCACGAUGCCAGUGCAAAGGCCUCCUACGAGCCUGGCUUCCAGAUCCCCAGUGGAAGACAGAGCCAGAAGACACUGCUGAAGGUACCCGAAGAGCGAUUUGUCCCAGAAAUACGUGAAAUCCCCCCUGAUAUGGGUCAUGCAGGUGUUUUACGUAUCGAUGAGCUUGACAGGACGCUGAAAACAGGCAGUUCCCACUCCUCCGUGGUGUCUGCUGCACACUGGUCCAGCAGAACUCCCCUCUCCCAGGCGGCCCCUACGGUGAACUUGAACAUCAACCUCAACACGUCUGCUGAUUUUGUGCCUUUUGCGAAUCAGGAUCACCAGCACAUGAACGUCAACCUGACUUCCCCCCACCGCUACCCAGGGAAAGACAGGCCGCAGGUCGGUGCUUGUUUUGGAGACCAAACGAAUCCGGGUGAGAUGUUCUCCAGCCACAGUCCUCAGCAGUACUCCUGGUCUCCCAGGGCUGCACUGCUUCCACCUUUUCCUCCUUACAACAAGUCCCUGGGCCGCCCCAGACUCCACAGCCCUGCAUUCCUGCAGGAACAUGGAAGCCACUGGCCAAGGAAGGGGGAAGCUCCCUGGUAUCAGCAGGACUCCGGUGACACAAGAUUGGAGGGAGCGAGACCCGUACCCAGACAACUGCUGCCGCCUCAUGGGCAAUGCCCAGCCUUCUCUCCAGGUGACUGGUGGAAAGAGCAGAUUAGUCAAGAAGCCAAAGGGCCUGCUUUUACUCCAGGGUCCCAGAGGUCGAAGUCCUGUGCAGUCCUGCCCCCUAUUGGGCAAACAACAGGAAGGGACUCUGAGCUCGCUGGCCAAGCUGCAGAGGAGCAGAAAAACUCCAUGCACCGCAGCAGCUCCGAGGGCUACCUGGCGCAGAUGGAGAAACAGAGACAGCUGAGGGAGAGAGCAAACUACAAAGCUUACACAUUAAAGGACUACAGAACUCUCAAGCAGGACGUUAAGCUGGGAGGCCUUGGACCAAGUAACCUGGUGUCCGAAGAGACUGCCGGGAAAAUGAAACGGCAGAGGCAGUAUUCGGAUCUGGUCAGGGAACAGAACAAGAAGAUGAGUCAAAAUCCCCCUUUCCCGACGCAUAACGCUGUGGCUAGUGGGAAGACGGAUGUAGCUCCCCGGAGAAAGGCUUUGGAAUACGCCAAAAACAUCCCAAAACCCAAACCACCCCUGCAGCCGAAGACUAACCAGAAAGUAGCUAAGGAAGGCUAUGGUGAGCAUGCUCUGUACCUGGAGGAUGUAGAUCUGUCACAGCUGGCAAGACUGGAGAUGCUACAGAAGAGGCAUGAGGAGGAAAAACAAGUUGUAGCCAAUUUCAGAGCCUUACGUGUCAUAUAAUCAAUCUGGGAUUUGAAAUCAGGAUGUUUUUUACAGGAACUGCACAUGAAAUAUCCUUCUUCAAGAUGCUGAGGCAACAUUUCUAAGCACUUAUUUGAAGUGAAGGCACUUUUUGCAGUCCUAGAACACACAGACAAUGGCACCCGUAAACUCACUACCUUGGUGUUGAUUAUUAAGUCCUAAUUUGUUGAUGUAUAAUUAAAUAUUUACUUAAUUCUAAAUUAUAUACUGCGUGUAAGUUUUUCAAAUGUUGUAUACUACAUGUACAGAUUGAGAUUUUUCAAAAAUACAGGAAUUCAGAUGUACCCUGUGAUACAGCAUAACCUUUGUAAGAUACAUGGGUUUUCCGUGUAAGUGUUGGGGAAUAAUGAUGAAGUAAGGACCUGGAAGAUUUCUCAUGGGCUAUAGAAUAGCAUAUGACUUUCUUAGCCAUCCCGUGAAGUGGCAGUGUCGAGCAUGCGUUCCUUUUCUCUGCUGGAUGUCAUUAGAUUGAUUGACUUUCAUUUAGAAGUGACAGCCCCCUGAAGCCUACAGGUCCUGUAUGUGAGAACCAAAACAGAAAAGUGAAUAUUUAAAAACAAAGUAGCUCUCUCUUCAACUUUCUGCACUGGGUGAAUACAUUAGUAUCACAUUAGUCAUUGGAUAUCAAGCAGAUCACACCAUGUUAUUGUGCUCUCUUAUUAUGAGUGUAUACUGCAUAUGAGAAUCCAGUUUCUAUAUAUAAUCAUACAACUUUAGGGGAAAUAUAAAAUGCUUUUCUUUGGAUGUUGUGUGAUGGGUACAUUUGCAAUUUUUCGUCUAAUUAGUUGAAAUUCUUCUGAGAUUGAAGCAGCACAUUGCAUUGUAUAUUUAAAAUGAUUAAAUGGUUUUAAAUUGCAGAAAGUUGCUUAUCAAAGAAAUCCACUCAGAAGCGUGCAAUACAAAUUAAUUCACUCUUCCCAUCCUAAAGUUUUCAAUUUCCAGUUUUCAAAUUAAAUUUACAUUGAUUUUCCGACAUUCGUGGUCCUAUUUUCAAGCCAAGAUGCAUGACAGUUGUGAGUUUUUAAGAAUAGCAGUGAGCCACUCACUUAAAAAACAAGAUGAAAAGAGCCAAGAAAUUCAUAACGUUAUUAAAGUAUCUGCAAAUCUCAGGACAUUUAUUCUUGUCCCACUAUAUUUAGUUGUUUAUAUCAUAAAUACCCUGUAUAUCCACAAAAUUAAGAUGUGGACAAUAUAUGAAGCCAAUGCAACAUCUGAAGGAUGGAGGAAAGUGUAUGCUGGUCUCCGUUUAAGAGGUAGCAAUUAAUUAAAUUACAUUUUCCACUUCUCCUUCCCUUUGCUUGCACCUGGUGCCACGGUUAAACUCAAAUAAUCCAGUAUCUUUUCAAUUCCUGAUUACCUUCCUCAAUAUUUCCUAUUUUUUUGCACUACUGGUCCCGAGACAAACAAAAAAUGGAUCACAAACAUGAUGACACUUUGAAGCAGUUCUGAUUAGAGCCCCCAAACUUGUUUUCCAUACUUAAAAGUGAUAAUCCCCCCCAUAAUACAAAUCUCAAGCACCUAUUUCUUUAAUGGAACCUUUAGAUGAAUAUCAAAGAGCUAUUUACUCAUAUGUAAUAUUUUAAUUAGAUUAUAGUCUCUAUUUAACCCAUCAUGGCCUCCUUUGAUGCUCUAUGUUUUUAGUGUUUAGCCUCAGAUGCGUGAGGUAAUGAAUACUGGACCUUUUGAUUUAAUGAGAAAUGCUGCCUUUCCAGACCAACUCUCUCUGCAUCUUUUUAUUUCCCCCUAGCUAUAGAAUUCAGUUAAUUGAAGGAGUCUCUCACCACCACACAUUAAGGAGGCUAAAUUAGCAUCCCUUUUUCAGAUUAGAAAGUGCGGGCAGACGUGCUCACUUUGAUCUGAGGACUGUGCUGAAGUAGGCGGCAGUCCCCUGAAAAUGAGCUGAUGGCCUUGCUAUUAGAAUAAAAUGCAGAUGCGUCCAUGUGUUGCAAAAUGCUUAAUCUCUUAAUUGAUCACCUUCCGCACUGUCUAUUCUCUCCCUGCUUUUUAUUUUCUCAGUAAAUCAGAAUCACGUUUUGAAAUUAAAUGAAUUGCUUUUCAAAGGGGAAAAGUAAUGCACAUCCUCUUUGAAAGAAAAAAUCAGACCUAUUAAUGUAAACCUCCCAAAUUAAUGUGAACUGCCUUCCUGGUACACAUUUAAAUGACUAUAUAAGCUCCAUAAUCAUUGCCAUUUACUUAUAAAAGAAUACAUUUUGUGUGUGUGUGUUUUUCUAAGGUGAAAUUUCAAAAGAUGUGUAUAGGCUGUCUACCUAGAAGGACUGAAGAUCGUUUGAUCUUCUUGCUAAAUACUAAUGCAAAUGCUUCCCUUUUCCUUCUUUUUGUUCGCAAGCUGAAAGGGUACAAUUUACACAAAAAGAAAGACAGAAGAAAAUUACAAGCUUCCAUCUGCAGCAAUAAAGGUCUCAAAACAAAUUUCAUGAGGCUGAACAAAUGGGCAGCAAAGGGAUAAACAUCUAACAGACCUGUUUGCUGUGAGAGAAACAAAAGUUUGAAAUCUCUGGUUUUGGUACCAAGUCUGCUUUUGAUGAUGCCUUGUAAAUAGACAGUGUGGAAAAUAUACAAAAUGUACAGGUGGACUGAUUAAGAUAAUAGUCUCAUAUGUUUUUUUUCUUUCCCCCAGAAUAACUUUGCAGUUCCCAUCCUUAGAAUGCAUAAAUUAAUAUGAUGUAUGUAAUGUACUAGUUUUGCAGAUAUAGUUGUAUUUUAAAUCCAGAAUAAUAUCUUCUAAAGCCAGAUGGUAAUUCUCAUCAAUUGAAUUUUUUUCUUACAGGAUGCUAGACUGUGUUUGCACAGGAACACUUAUGUAACCCUAAUAAAAAACAGAAUAUUAACAUUCGA